AUGUUUUUGCCACUGAUUUGUAGUUUAUGGCUUUUUGCUACCUCCUCUUCGGGUAUUGAGUAUUCAAACAAUUUAUUAUGUAAAGAUGAAAACUACGAAGUCCAUUGGAGGUUCGAAAACAAUACAGAAACCUUCUAUUUUAAAGUAAGGGCAAAAGCUACAGGCUGGAUUGGAUUUGGCGUAUCGAGAUUACUAUGGCCUGAAAACGAAACAUUACGGUGGAAUAUGUAUUCCAUGAGACAUUACGAUGUUCUUGUUGGCGGUGUUGACGAUAGUGGAAAAAAGUAUUAUAAGGUUAGUUUUUAGGUUCGUUUGUUCCUGUCUUCACAAUGUCCUUCCCAUGUUUUAUUGAUACCCGAAAAUCGACUGCAAUCUCAACGGUAUCUGCGAGAACAAUUUCAUUGUUAAAAAUACUGGCAAACCAUUUCUGCAGCGUUACUUGUUUGUGACUUAUUAAGUGAGUUGAACUUAGUUAAGAAAUCGGUCUUUUUUUUUCUGUUGUUGUUUUUGCAUGUGUGUUUAAUUGGGCGUGAAUGUGAAAGUACCUACCAGUUCUUAUUUUGUAUUCAUCGGUUGCAACAUUAAAGUACAGUCGAACCGAGAAACGUUCAAGUUACUGAGGUGUACCGUUGAGAACAGAUUGAUAGAGAUGAAAAAAAUGUUGUUAACUGUAGUUCUGUUCAUGUGGUGUAAAUUUUUAUCAAAUCUAAUAAUAAUUUAGUGAAUAUGGGUUUUACCAUUUCUGCAUCCUUACAUGAUUGUGACAUACUAGGCGGGAUGAACUUAGUCAAGAAAUCGGUCUGGUUUUUUUUUUGUUUGUUUUUCGCUACGUUUGUUAUAUUGGGCGUGAAUAUGAAAGUACCUGCCAGUUCUCAUUUUGCAACCAUCGGUUGCAACUUGAAAGUACUGUCGAACUGAAAACGUUCAAGUUACUGAGGUGAAUAGUUGAGAGCAGAUUGCUAGAGAUUAAAUAGAUUUCAUAGAGAACUUAGGCAGCAAACCUGUGAAAAGAUUCAUUGCACUGAAAUUACACGUACCCUAAUUUAGGUGAAAACUUUCUCAAACCGAUACAUUUUGUGAUGAGCAAACAAUACCUUUGGCUGUUUAUGGUUAAUUUGUGUUUUGGACCAUAUUACCUCACUGACUAUUUUCACAUGUUAUGUACUGAUAAACACUCUUCAAGCCUCGAGGGUAAGAUUAUACAGGAAAUGUCUGGAAUGGAAAAUGAAAACAAUCAAAUUGGUUGAUAUGAGAUUGUAAUGGUUACAGUUAUGAGGAGUGAACUAUUUAAUUAAAAACUAAACAACUUCGUUGGUUUCUGACCAGAAUUUAGCUCAGAAAAGCCACACAAGAAUUUUGAAAGGUUAAAUUCAUUGAUUUAUUAACCCUUUACCUCCUAACAUCAGUAUCCAUAUUCUCCAUACUAUUCACUAUACAUUUCCCAAGGUGUUGACAAAGAGAAUUUGUUUGAUAAGCAAGAGCUGCUUUGAUUGGUGAUCCUCUAUUCUCAUUACCUUAAUGUUUGAUUCAAGGUUGUUAUUGUAAGAAGAAAUUGGAUGCUAGUCACUCUAUGGGGUUAAAGGGUUAAAGGAGUUUUAUUGCUACAUUUAGUAUCCAAUUCUUUUAACCUAUUGACAUCUGAUGCGCCCUCAUGGGCCUGGAAACAAAAUCCCUCUGAAAUUUCAAUGUGCCCACAUGCACCCUGUUAGAAAUGGCUUGUUUUGAUUGGUUGUAGCUUAGAAACAAAACUCUCCUGGGUAUUGGAAAGUAGUGGAACAUGAAAUGCAAGACAUAAGCUUUCAUUUGAGACCAAACUCACUAUUCAACAUUCACUGUGCAAUUUUUCACAAAUUUUUCUUGGUUUUGGACAUGGCUUCUGGAAGAAUUGAUGAAGGUCAAUUUGGCAAAAUCUCUGCACACCCCCAUACUUCAUUAUGCAUCCAUACAUGGGGCUUUUUUAUUCAGUGUAUCAUUAUUAAGAUGUGCUUACAUAGUGAAGUAUGGGGCUGUGCGGAAAUUUUUCUGAAAAUGCAAAAAAUACAUCGCUGUACAUCAUGAAGUUGAGUCAGUUCUCUAGCUUUAGAAUUUUUUUUGAGAGAGCCUGAUGCUCAUGUUGAAAAGAAAAUUUGACAGGGGGAAAGAAUAUUAUUUAACAUGCAACUUUGUAAGGUUUCCCUUCAGUAGAGUAAAUUGAAGACAUUAAAAUCUUAAAUUAUUUUGGCAGUGGUCUGUGUGUUCACUGGAAUUUCAAAAGAUGGAGCUGAGUCAAAGCUAUUAUGCCAUCUUCCAAUGUGCACAAUGUACAACCAUUUCCUGGACUUCGUGUAGCUUUUUUCGUUGAUUCAAAGUGAAAUUUCAGAACAAAUGAGUUGGCAGGUAGCUACAGAAGAACCAUGGGAACAUUUUUAAACAUGCCAAGUGACAUUAUUUUACCAUGAGCAGAGAUGAAAAUAUCCAAAGAGAAAACAAAAUGAACUGUUCAAUUUUUGAAGGUUUUCACACACAGUCAGAUUGUAAGCCUACGUACAUAGUUGAAUGAUGGUUAGUAUUCAAACAUGUGUGAUGGUUGAAACUAUCAUCAGCUGUCAUGACUGUUUGAAUGGGGCUUUAUGAAAAAUGAUAAAAAGCCAUGUACUAACUCUUGCUCUAACCAAACAGUAAGCAUAAGAACACAGUCUUCCUCGCUUUCUACAGGAAAUGCAGCUUUCUUUUAAUAAAACUUAAGACACUAAGUGUUCAAUGGCUGUUUUCGAAUCUCUCUUUUUGUUUAAGCCUUGGUGAGCACGUUUAUGCCCUAUGAAUUUAAAACCUUUGUAAAAAAGUUCAGAAUGUGAUUUAUCUGUGUUAUUAACACAUGUGCAAUUUUGAUUUUAAAGUUUGAUAUCCAACUAGCAUUGAGAGGAAAAUAUUUGAUAAUUUUAGUUCAGCAUAAAGUUGCUUGAAAAUUAAGUAGCUGACAAUGUACUUCUAUGCAUAAUGAAUGUAUGUAGAACAUGCAAAACAAGCAUAAAAAGGAAACUGUGAGUGAAAGAAUAAAUCUAACAAACUAAGACUGCAGAUGUGAAAAAUAAAAAAUGGUGAAUACUCUAGUACUAAAUUAAAAGUGACUAUUAUUUUCCAUGGAAUUUAUUUAUUUGUUCUGUAAAUUUUACUUGGAAUUUGUAAUUGUAUUACACUCCUCAACCAGCUGAAAUAAUUGUCAUUUUGUUUGGAAUUGCAUUUAUAAAAUGCUAGAGUAAGCUUUGUGACAUUACUUUGCACUGAAAUUUUAGCAGCUGGGUUUUGUACAUAUAUUAACUAUUUUUUCAUUUGGCUUGGUUCACUGAAUGUAUUCAUUGAUUUUUUGAAUAUGUCAUUGAUUCAUUAAAUAUAUCAGUAAUUACUGGUUCACAGAGUUUAUUUAUUAUAUGGACGUGAGUGUCUUAUUAAGAUUUAAAACACUCAUAGAAUCAAUAUGACCAUUACAUCAGGGAACUGAAUGAUGUAUUUUCCUAUGUAACUUGAGUGACAAUUAUAGUUUUCAAGGAAUUUCUCAAAAGUUGGGAUGAGAUAAGGUGAAUUUGUUCUGUUCGUGCUGAAUAGCCUUCAAAGGUUUGUAGUGAAAAGAGGCUUCAAUAAAAGUAUCUGUUGAUUCAAUUCAGAGUCAGUAAUCAAAUUUUUAUUAUUUUAAGCUUAUAUUUUUGUCUAACUGAUGGUGUUACAUGUAAACCUUUGUAUAAUUUGGGCAGAGUCUUUUGUUUCUUUUAAAACUUAGUAUUUGUAUACAGCCUGCUUUUCAAUCCCUAUUAGGUAUAUUUAACCACUAUUGUUACUUUACUAUCCAUUUAAUGAAAAGAAAAUUACACCCUAACUCAAAGAUAUGAAUUUUAUGUUCUUGUGGCACAAAUAAUAUCUCACUCAGGAUUGAGAUAUCAUACAUUGAUUGACCAAUUAAAAGUCUAAUAAUGCUUGGUUCUCUGUAAAUUACGUGGCCUAACAUAUCUUUUAAUGUGCUUGCCAUCUCUCUCUUUCUUGGGUAAGGUAGAUUUUGUCUUAGACUUGGAAGGGAUAAACAAUGUUUAUUAUUGAUGAAGCUCAGCUCCAAAAUUUAGAGUAUGUGCAAGUUGGUUGCCUUUUCUUUAAAUGCCCCCAAGCAUCUUGUUUGUACAAGUAUGGUAUGACUCUAAUGGGCUAACUUUUUCUAGGAUUUUAUGACAAAUGGACAUGUGGCUCCAAAAGAAGAUGGUCACGCAGACUGGAAUGUCUCAAAUAUAAUUGAGAGUAAUGGUACUACAACGAUGGAAUUCUCUCGGAAGAAAGAUACUGGUGAUGCUAAUGGUGACAAUGUCAUUGAGGUGGGUUAAUUAGUGAGAUCACUUCCUCUAAAGUUUGGUAGAUUGAAAGAUACCCCCUAUAUAUAAACAAUAGCCUCCAUUUGGUGCAAAAAUAUGUACUGAUGUUUGUCUGUGGACAUUAUUAGUUCCAGGAUGCGAACACUUUUCAGAAAACAAAGCUCAAGGAAAACUGUGAACUUUGAGGAGCAGAUAAUGUCUAAGGACAAAUAUACAAGCAUAUUUUCAUGGUGGAGGCUAUUGUGUUUAUUAUCCUUCAAAUAUUUUUACAAUGUGCGGGAAACAUGUUAAAAAGAGGAACUAGGAAAACUAUUGAUAGAAAACUAAGUAUGGGUAAUUGAACAGGGCCAAGAAAAAUUAAGGAUUAAUAUCAAGGGUGUUUUGAGAAGUUGUAUAUCUGCAUUAAUUUUGUAAUGACAUCACCUUGUAUUGCAUUUGGAAUAAAAUCUGCUUUGGACCUUUGACAUUUUUCUCCUUUCAUGGAGGUCAUUAAGUUGACUGUUGGGCUGAAACCCCCUGGCCAUAAGGGGAAAGAGGUAUUUGCAUUUGUGGAUUUGAUAUAUAUGUAAAUUUCCUUAUGAAGUUAACUUUGUCAGUGUGAAGUCUAUGCUUUUAAGGUUAGUCAAUCACACCUGAUAAGAUUUAUCAUUCACAUGUCUAUUGAGUCAAAGUAUUUUUCAACCUUGGAAAUAUAAGAGCUUCUCAAGCACAGGAUUAAAUUUAUUUAUCAUUGCCUUCUUCAAACACGUUGGUUUGUCUUCUACUGAAUCUUGCAGCAUCGUGUUUUGCUCUGUGUAAAUUUGCCAAUUCUUUUCAACUCUAGGAAAAGAUAGAGCUUAGGUAUUCAGUUAAAGUCUGGAUAGGCUGGGUACAAAGGGACUUACAAAACCCAAAGGAUUCAAUACUUAUACCUCAGUUUUAGAUGACAUUACAAGUUUGUCAUCAUGGACAGUAUCUUACUCAGUGUUGUUACGUGAUAUUGACCUGAAGUUCAUUGUUUUUCAGCCUGGUCUGAGAAGGAUGGUGUGUGCUUACCAUGAUACUGUUGAUUAUAACAUAUCUAUGAGCAAGUUUACAAAACACACAUGGAAUGGCUAUGAAGAUAUUGAAUUUAUUGAGAAACCAAAGGAAAAAGCUGUGCUUGCCUAUCGUGCAACCGAACCACCAACCACUGGGGCCAGUACACUAGCUGUGUCUAUUGUGGGCCACUUGUUACUUAUUGUUAUUGCAGUCAUUUUCUUCUACUAGAUCAUGAUGAUGAAUCGUCUCCUUCUUUUGCUUCUUGCCUAUGUUGUUGUAGCAUCAGGCAUUAAAGAAGAAAGAUCUCAGGAUCUAUGUUCAUCUGAUGCCCUUAAAGAUUGGAAUGAUAGAGAGAAAGAGAAACCUUUCACUGGUGCACAUAAUCAUUUUAAAUUACAAUCAUGUACAAAUAAUCUGUUAAGAUUAUAAAAUUCCUGAUUUUGCUUACAUGUUAAUAUAUCUUAAACCUCUUUUGACAAUUUUGGAAUUGAGGUAGGUCAACUUUUGAAAGACAUGUUCACUAUUAACAUGUAGUGCACAUGGUGGUAUAAAGCCAUAACUGCCUUUGACACCACAAGUCUGGUGCAUUUGUAAACAUUGAGGGGUGGUUAUUUAAACUGAAUUUAGCCAUCAUCUAAUGUAACUGCAUUCUAAACCAUUUUUUCAAUUUAGCCAAAUCUUUAAUCAGAACAUCUAGUUUAGUGAAUAGUGUCAAGAGGGCCAAAAGCUAAGGAGAACAUUUAUUUCAUUAUUAAAUAAUAAUUAAACCACAGUUUGAGUUUGAUCUCGAGUAAAUAAUUGGCCUUUAGUUUGCGUUUAGAUGAAAAAAUAUGCUUUAUAGUGUAUUUUGAAGGUAGAUAUCUUAUGCUAUAAACCACAUAUGUAUUUGGGACACAUGUUGUCCUAUAGUUAGGCAGGUGUCCACUGAUAGCUUUGACCAUUAAAGACGUGUGCUUGUCUAAGUUGAGAUGAAUAAUUCCUUUGUAUUGAUCAGUCCACCAGACAAAAUUUGUUCCAAGGAAAAGCCUUCUCCAGAAAUUAUUUAGUUUUUAUUUCAACCAUUUGAAUUAUCAAUGCAAGUCAUGGUUUGAUAUUCUAUAAAGUAACCCUAAUGUUCAUUGCAUGACCUUGAAGCAGCUGCUGUGUCCCAGGUUAUCAAAGAAAAUUAUUCUUUUAUGCCAGAGUACCUUUACAACUCCAAAUUGCUGCGAUAGACUUCCAACAGCAGGGAAAACAGGUUUGAACCCUGGUUCAGAGAUAGGUAAUUGACCAAAGUGCUAAGCAAGAUUCAAAGUGGCAAAGUUCAUUGACAAAUUCAAAAGAGAGCAUCCUGCUCUAGUCUUUUUAAUUUUUUUAUAUACUUUUUUAAGAGUUAGUUACUUGCCUGGUUGUUAGCUCACAUAAUCAAUAGGAGGUUGAGAUGUGUAGCCUGAGAAUUUGGUCCAAUAAAAUGCAGUAAGUUUUCUCCCUCUAGUAGGUUUUAUCUGUUGAUGGGUGGGAGGGGCCCUUAAAUAAGCAAAAUGGAAAAUAAUUUGCAUAAAUUCUGGUAUACUGCCAUGUUUUCAGGGGCAAUGUUCAAAAGCUUAAUGCUUGAAUGUUUAAGCACAAUAUAUCUGACUCUAAACAUGGUCAUAGUUUGUCCAAAACACAGGUAAAUGGGCCUAAAAAAAAGAGAGCAACAGUAUAUUGUCUGAUUUUGCCAUAUAAGAGCUUUCCCACGGAGAACUUUUUGACAAAUUACUGUAAUAAAAAUUAAUAAGACUCCACA